AAGCAGCUGGGUUGGCAGUGACAAUGACAUUAGCAAAAGUCAUCUUGACAAUUACUAUCGCAUGCUGGCAAUUAUAACCUUAUCCUCCACAUUUGUGUUCACCAUUGUUGCCAUUGCCUAUGAAUUACGGGGAAAAGAGGAUACGGAGAAGAGUGGGAAGAAGGGCUGAAGCUCAACAAUUAAUUUUCUGUUUUGGGUAUUUUGUGCUUGACUGUUUCUUUGGAUUUAAUUGAUGAUGCACCAGUGAGAGGAACUAGAACCCUGGAAGACAUUUAUAGUAGAUGCAAUUUGUCUACUGUUGAGCCCUCAAAUUAUUAUGAGGCUGCAAAUUCGGAUGCAUGGAGAGCAGCAAUGAAGGAGGAGCUCAAAAUGAUUGAAAAAAAUGACACCUAGACUUUGGUUGACAGACCAAAAAAUAAAAACAUCAUAGGUGUUAAAUGGGUAUAUAGGGUCAAGAUGAAUUCUGAUGGCACCAUCAACAAAUAUAAGGCAAGAUUGGUGGCGAAAGGUUACUCUCAAUUGGCUGGAAUUGAUUUUACUGAGACUUUUGCACCUGUAGCAAGACAUGAAACUAUCAGACUGUUGUUGGCUCUUGCAGCACACAAAGGUUGGAGUGUCUUCCAUCUUGAUGUCAAAUCAACAUUUUUAAAUGGCAAAUUGGAAGAAGAAAUAUUUGUUAAGCAACCAAAAGGGUUUGUGCAAGAUGGUGCAGAGAAUAAAGUGCAUUUGCUUAAAAAGGCCUUGUACGGGCUAAAACAAGCUCCUAGAGCUUGGAACUGCAAAAUUGAUGAUCACUUGUUGAGUCUUGGAUUUGAGAAGAGUCUAAGUGAGGCUAAUUUUUAUGUGAAAAAGAAGAAUGAAAUACUUGUUAUAGUCUCCAUAUAUGUUGAUGAUUUGCUGGUCACAGGAAAUGAUGAAGCUGCUUUGAAUCAGUUCAAGAUUGACAUGAUGCCAAUUUUUGACAUGAAUGAUCUGGGCAAAAUGACAUAUUUUCUUGGUAUGGAGAUAUAUCAGUCCAGCGAAGGCAUUUUUAUUUGCCAAAGAAAUUUUACGAGUGAGAUUUUGAGCAAAUUUGCUAUGUCAAACUGCAGGCCAGUUAGUACUCCUUCUGUGUCAGGAGUUAAAUACAAAGCCAUUGAUGGUUCAACAAAUGUUGAUGCAGGGGUAUAUAGAAGUAUGAUUGGCAGCCUUCUAUAUUUAUCUACUCCAGACCUAAUAUAAUGCAUGCUAUUAGUUUGCUUUCAAGAUUUAUGCAUUCACCUAUUGAAGUUCAUCUCAAAGGUGUUAAAAGAAUAUUCAGAUAUUUGAAGGCAACUACUGGUUUUGGUGUUUUCUAUCCUAGAGCUAAGAAAAUUAAGUUACUUGG